AGAAAAUGUGUAUUAUUUUCUCCUCUGAAUAUGGAGUAGCUAUUGCUAUCGCCAUCGCCUCGCUGUUACUUGUAUACUUGUUUUCUUCCUCCAAAGCCCGUCCUAUUUACCUAAUAGACUCCUGCUGCUACCUACCACCUCCUAAUCUUCGUGCCACAGCAGCUAACUACAUAGAACACUUUGAACUAUGUGGUGCUCAUGAGAGAGAAGGUAUCGACUUCCAAACCAAGAUGAUCAAAAGAUCAGGUAUUGGUUGUGAGGCAUGUCUUCCUGUUUCAGUACAUCAAAUCCCACCUGAUAAAUCUCUGAGCUGCACCCAAGAAGAAACAGAAACAGUUCUUUUCACAGUAGUGAAAGACCUCCUCAGCAAGCAAAGUAUCAACCCCAAAAGCAUUGACAUUCUAGUAACCAACUGUAGCAUCUUCUGCCCCACACCAUCCAUUACAUCUAUGAUCAUAAACAAGUUUGGGCUGAGAAGCAAUAUCAAGAGUGUGAGCCUCAGUGGAAUGGGAUGCAGUGCUGGCCUUGUGGCCAUUGGUUUAGCGAAAGAUCUUUUGAGAGUACAAGGCAACUCGUUGGCUUUGGUUCUCAGCAUGGAAGCAGUGACCCCUAGUGGCUAUGAUGGUAGCAUCAGGUCCAUGCUUUUAGCUAACACGCUUUUUCGUAUGGGAGGCGCUGCUGUCUUGUUGUCGAACAAGAAACAAGACAGGUUGAGAGCCAAAUACAAACUUCGCUAUCUCUUACGAACACAUAUGGGGUCAGAUGAUCAAUCAUACCACUCAGUCAUCCAGAAAGAAGAUGGAGCAGGCUCUGUAGGUGUUGCACUAUCGAGAUCUCUUCUACAUGUUGCAGCAAAUGCCCUGAAAAUAAAUUUAACAGAAUUAGGACCUUCUUGCUUACCACUUUCAGAGCAGCUUCUAUAUGGAUGGUCAGUCUUUCAGAAUGCAGCAACAAAACGGGAAGUAUACGUACCAAACUUCAAGAAGGCGUUUGAGCAUUUCUGCAUACAUGCAGGUGGAAAGGCAAUCAUUGAUGCUGUGGAGGAAAGGCUAAGGCUGAAAAAAGAAGAUGGAGAAGCAUCCAGGAUGACGCUCCACAGAUUCGGCAACACUUCAUCUUCUUCUGUUUGGUACGAGUUGAGCUAUCUAGAGGCGAAAGGCAGGAUUAGAAAGGGUGACCGGGUGUGGCAAAUUGCAUUUGGUAGUGGCUUCAAAUGCAAUAGCGCAGUUUGGGAAUGCAUAUCCGAACAAGAUCAUAACAUCCGAAAUGUUUGGUCGAGUAGCAUACAUUUGUACCCAAUUCAGAUCCCUGAUGUAAUAGAUCACUAAUGAGCCCUUGAUAAUGUUUCAUAAUUCAUAGAUGUAACAUCAAUACAGAUUAGAAACACCAGAACGCCUUACAGAAACUAAAGGUCUGAUAGACAAUCUAUUCUAAGAUGUUAUAUCAAGCAUACUCUCUGGGAAUUAAUGUAUCAUAGAUAUUUAUCAAUUCAUUACAAGUCAAACAUACAUUGUACAA